UCACUUGUUUAUUGUAUUUCAAGUCAAAGGAGGCAUAUUAUUUAUUUAUUUAAUGUUUAUUUAACAGGGACGAUACAUACAACAUUGCCACAAUGGGAAAAUGUGAACGUAUAUAGGACGUCUAGCUUCAGCUAAUUUGCAGUCUUUGUCCCUGGUCAGGAUUUACAGUAAAAUAAAUUAUACAGAAUACAGAUACAAUUUUACAAAUAAAAUAAUACCGUGAAUACAAUCAAUAAGUACCACAAAUGAUAGUGUAUAAAAUGUGGCAAGAGGAUCACUAUUUUGGGCUUAGUCAUGUAUGUGUAUAUGCUAUUUGUACAUAAAUGUUGUGUUUUGAUCUCAAAUUUUGAUCUCAUAUCAUAGUGUACAGUUUCUUCGUUUAGCUUUGUUGUCCUGCUUCUUCCUGCAUGUGUCUAAGUAUCUUUCUGCACAUUUGCUUGUAAAGUUCAGCACACUGAGAGCUUCUGGGAAUCUUGUGUGUCUGAGCAGACUUGUCCAGUGAUGCUGAUUCUGAUUCUCUUCCACAGAAGAUUUGGAUUUACCUUAAAACAUUCACACAGCAGACAGCAUGAAGUCACCCUAUUUCCCUGCGAGAUCGGUGCUUUUUCGCAAGGAGCCCAACGGAGUGACAUACAGAGUCCCAGCUCUGCUCUACCUGCCAAACUCCAGGUCGUUUCUGGCUUUUUGUGAGGAGAGACUCAGUCCGUCCGACUCUCAGGCUCAUCUGCUGGUUAUGAGGAGAGGAACUUUCUACAGGAACUAUGUGGAGUGGGAGGACAUUUGUGUUCUGGGCACUGCUUUCCUGCCAGGCCACCGCUCCAUGAACCCCUGUCCGGUGUACGAUGAGUUCACGGGAACCCUCUUCCUCUUCUUCAUCGCUGUCCUGGGCCACACCUCAGAGUCCUACCAGCUGGUGACGGGGAAGAACGUGACCCGACUCUGCUACAUCUCCAGCACUGAUGGCGGCGACACCUGGAGCGCCGUCACUGACCUCACAAUGAGGGUCAUAGGAGACACUAUCAAAGAAUGGGCCACGUUCGCUCUGGGUCCAGGUCACGGCAUCCAGCUGAAGUCGGGUCGUCUGCUCGUUCCGGCCUACGCCUACCACAUCGAGUGCAAAGAGUGCUUCGGACAGCUCUGCCAGACCACUCCUCAUGCCUUUUGCUUCCACAGCGACACCCACGGGAGAAGCUGGCGUUUUGGGGAGGCGGUACCGGGCCCGGAGAGCGUGGAGUGUCAGAUGGUGUCUGUGGACGAGGAGGACGGCACUAACGUGUUGUACUGUAACGCGCGCAGCCCUCUGGGGUACAGAGUUCAGGCCCUCAGUCUGGACGAUGGAGCCGUGUUCCAGGAGGGGCAGCUAGUGCAGCGGCUGGUGGAGCCUCGAAACGGUUGUCAUGGUAGCAUUAUUGGAUUUCCUGCCCCGUUACAUCUGCAUCAAUGCCUUAAAAAUCACCUACAGCAACCUGUGAGCCGCUCCAGACACUGGACAUCUCACAUGGCCCAGUCUUUUCACUCCAGUUCUGUUGCAUCCACAUCCAUCACAGCAUCUCAGCCUCCAAACAUCACCUCAGCUCUCAACAGUCUGUCACCCCAUCAUGACUCCCCCCCAGAUUUCCUCACCCCCACCUGGGUAGUGUACUCCCACCCAACAUGGACCACUGCACGCAAGGAUCUCGGCAUGUUCCUCAGCCUUUUCCCCCGUGAUCCAGACAGCUGGCGUGGCCCUUGGGUGAUCUACGAGGGCCCCAGCGCCUACUCUGACCUGGCCUACCUGGAGCUGUCGCCCUCACCUGGAUCGCCGCCUGCCGUGGCCUUCGCCUGCCUGUUUGAGUGCGGCACCAAAACCGCCUACGAUGAGAUCUGCUUCAGCAUCUUCACCCUCUAUGAGCUCAUUGACAAUCUGCCUCGAGUCGCACAGCCGCAAAAUGAUGGAUAUAAGAGACGGCAGAACCAGACGUCUGAGGCGGAUUGUAGAUGUGAUGCUCAGAAUGUUUUCCAGCAGGUACCACAUGUGAAGAAGAGGAGAAAGAAGAACAAACUGAUGGAGAUGUGCUCCGUUUCUUAAAUAGAGUCUUAAUAUAGUCUUCAAGCUUGUAAUGCGUAGAUUUGAUAUAGUUUUCUAUAUAUACUCAGUGGCUACUUUAUUAGUUACCCCCGUACAAUCAAAUAUUAUUCUUCCACCAUAAGGUUUACUGUCAUGAUGCCUGUGAUGUUCAGGUUUUGACCGAUGUAGCGCUUUUGAUUCAGGCAUUGUAAAGUAUUGCAUUAUUUUUUUGCCCCAUUAUGACAAAAAGUUACUGCUCAAUAUAGCCAUGACCUCAGUAAGAAGACAAACACUUGAUUUCACACAGUUCCAACAUGAACUGAACAUUUACAUUCAGAAUCAUAGAAUUUAUGACUGAACUGUGGUAAAAGUUUUAAUAUACUGUAGAUACAAAGCAUGGAAGUUUUCCUAUCUUAUUGCUUUUCAGAACUGAGUCAUGGUCCAUUUAAUUUGAAUGAAGAAGAAUUUACAAAAACAAACAAACAAAAAAGAGUAUCUAAUGUCAAAGUGACAGAUUUCAACAAAGAAAUGUCAAUUAAUUCAAAAUACGACAUGUAACUGUACAAGAAAGAGGCUAGUAAGAGAGGCCACCAUGAUACCUAUAACUCCACUUAAGGAGUUAUAACUUUUAGUGACAGAUGGGAGAGUCUGAGGAGCCAAACAUUUAUGGGAUAUUGGCAAAGAGAAAGCCACUGAUGAUAAAGUCCAAAUUUAAUCUGACUCAAGACUCAAGCUUGCCAGAAAGCAUAUUGGAGACUCUGAAGUCAAGUGAAAGAAGGUUCUUUGGUGUGAUGAGACCAAAAGUGAGUUUUUAGCCACCAGAUUAGACACCAAACACUGCACAUCAUCUCAAAUACAACAUCCUCACUGUGAAGCAUGGUGGUGGCAGCAUCAUGAUGUGGGGAUGCUUCUCAGCAGCAGGUGCUGGAAGGCUUGUGAUAGCAGAGGGUAAAAUGAAUGCAGCAAAGUAUAAGGAAAUCUUGGAGUACAAUCUGUCGGUGUCUGCAAGACAAUUGUCACUUACGAGAGUUGAUUCCCAACAAGACAAUGACCUGAAGCAUACAGCCAAAGCCACACAGAAAGGGUUUAAAGAAAAGAUGAUUGUUCUUGAGUGGCUGAAUCACAGCCCAGACCUGAAUCCAACUGAGGAUUUGUGGUUGGACUGGAAAAGUGAUCCCCAUGCAACCUGACAGUUAGCUGAGACCUAUCCACACAGGCUCAGUGCUGUAAUUACAGCCAAAGGUGCAUCUACUAAAUACCGACUGAAAGGUUGUGAAUACUUAUGCAAUCUUUUAUUAUUUUUUACUUUGAUAUGAAAGAAUCUUUUUUUGUAAAUUCAUGUCAGAAAGGCCUGACAAUGAUUUAGUGUUUAAAAGUAAUAAAAGGAGAAAACUUUCUUAUAUAGGGGGGCAAAUACUUCUAAUAGACCCUGCAGAUAUAUAAAUAAGAAUAAAGUGGCCACUGAGUGAACAUCCACCAUGUUUUCUUUCACACUGUACACCCUGUUGACAAGAGUGACUGGUCUCAUGACUGGUGCAGAUUUUGUAGUGUUAUUGAGUGGGUUUUAGUUGCAGCAUCUGCAACACAAUAUGAGAUGAAAAGCCUUUCAGUUCAGUUCAGUAUGUUGAGUGUCUGUUAUGAUUCGUAAAACACAUAAAAUGUCAUUAAAAUUCUCAACCCUCAAAUUUUUCUCCACUUAGUGGGAGUGUUCUUUAGCUAAUGGUGCUUGGAGCUGUGUAAUUAGUCAGAAUUAGUCAGUAAUGGGAAAUUAAUCAAAGAACACUCGGAUUCCACUUUUUUAAAUGUGAAGAUACGGUGUCUGUGAAUAUUUUGGAAUGAUAUUUUCAAAUACGUAACCUUGAAGUCUAAAUUUUGGGGUCAUUUUCCCAUAUUUGUUCAUGUUUCAUAGACUAAAUGAAGAAAAUAAAUACCACAUUAAUUGAUAAAGAUGGUGGUGAUUCAGAUGGGAGCAGGUCAAAGCUAUGUCCUUUGUUUACAUAAGUACACGUAUUAGCAUCAAAAUACACUUAAAAUACACAAAAUAAUUACUUACGAGAAUGGCAUAUUUUUGAAUAAAGAAUAUUAAAUUAUUAGAUUGUAAUUACUGAUGCAGUAUUAUGUUCACUGUAGUAUUGAGGGUGGUAAAGUUGGUUUAGCUACAGACUCAAGUACUUUACUGACUGAGCUGCUCAUGAAUUCCACCUUGGGAAUCAAUAAAGUUUUAUGUUUAAUUUGUAAUCUCACAUCAUAAUGUGUGUGUUGAUUAUAUUUUUCUACAUUAAACAAAAUCUGCAACGUAACUAAACGUUGUCAGAUAAAUGUGGAGUAAAAAGUACAGUAUUUGCCUCACAACUGUAGUGCAACAAAAGUAUAAAGUAACAUGAAAUGGAAAUACUGAAACUGUACUUACAGUGUAUGUAUUUGGUUACUUUCUACCACACAAAACUUAAGCAUAUUAUUAGGGUUUUUCCUACGAAUUCAAGUGUUACGUUCCAACAUUAAAUAUAUCUUAUCAGCUGUUUUAGAUACUCCAGAGCUCUGCCUACUGUUUCUUCUUCUUCUCAUCAGUUAUGAAGGCAAAUGUCUGCAGAUAAAACCUCACCAUGACGUCUGUUUGCACUAAUU